CCUUCUUUCAGAAAAAUACACACAUUUUUUGUUAACAAAAUGGCGAGUAACUCUUUGAAGCUUUCUUUGCUGACUCUUUUCAUCUUUCUCAUGAUCUUUUCUCCGAUGACGACCUUGCCGUGCGACGCAACAAGGGUGCCGCCGCCAGGAGGACCAGUUCCAACACAGCCGUUUCCACAUCCUCCGAAAAUUCCAAUUGCAUGCCCUCGAUGUUUGUGUUGUGCUCCUCCUCCAGCUCCAGGCAAAUGCUGCCCUUGCUUUUGCCCUCAUCCUGCCGAGCCUCCCAGUUACUGAAUUCUCACAAAGACACGCAUGAUUAUACAUGUUUUAUCUAAUAUAUUUAUAUUGCUAUAUGGGUUCAGUUUAUAAGAAUAAGUAUACCCAUUGAAUCAUAAAAUAACAUGUAUAAUGUCAAGGUUUUAUACAUACAAAUCUUGGCAGGAUUUCAUGCAUGCUCGUUUAUGGUUGGUGUGGUUUUGCUUAUUUCUUAUGGAUUGAAUUUUACUAUUCAAUGAGUGUGUCUCUCUAUAUGUAUAACGGUAAUAAUCAGGUUUGUUUCUGUCAUUUGUAUUAAAUAAAAGUGGGGAGUCUCACAUUCUUCUCACUGCAAUGUUAAUUUGUUGCAAAUGUUUGCAACUCAA